GUGCUGUUGGCAGGAGUGACCAGAACAAAAACAGCAACACCAGACAGGGGAGGAAAAAAAGCAAAGUGAUCCAUUGAACCAUUGAGUCUUUGCCCUCUCCUAAUUACGUAGAGUCUCGUAUCUUUUCCCUUUUUUUCACCUUUUUCCUCACACUGCAUGACUUUGGGCUCAGGGUAAUUAGCUUGAAGAGAAUAAAACCAGCUGAUCGGGAGAGCGGUGGUGCAUUUUGAAGCGAGAUGGCUAACAGAAACACUCUGUUGCUCUUCUGUGGACUCUUCCUCUUAGCACUGCUUCAGCCCUCUCUUCAAGGAGGUGUCUAUGUGCCACCUGGUGCUGGGAUCGGGCCAGGAGGAGCUGGAACAGGAACUGGAUUCUUUCCAGGUGCUGCUGGAGGAGUCCCCGCAGGCUACAAACCAGCUAAAGCUGCAGGAGGUUAUGGAGGCGGUGGAGGCCAAGGUUUGGUUCCAGGUGGUUUGGUGCAAGGCGGUGUUGGUCCCGGUGGUUUGGGCAUUGGAGCAGGACAAGGUGGAAAGGCCCCUAAACCAGGUUAUGGCAACUUAGGAGGCGGUGGUGUCCGAGGUGUCGGGCAGGGAGGAGGUGUUUACGGUGGAUAUGGUGGUGGCGCUGGAGGCUUUUUCCCAGGAGUUGGACAGAAGGCUGCCAAACGAGGUGCAGGGGGCCAUCUGCUACCACAGGGAGGGACUGGAGGAACUGUGCUGGGGGCAGGAGGAGUACCCGGUGGCACAGGAGCUGGAGCUGCUUUACCAGCUGGAGUGCCUGUUAUUCCUCAGACUGGCCUUCCAGGAGGAGGUGCUGGUGGUGCCGCAGGAAAGAAAGCGUCCAAAGUGCCAGGUGUGGGUGUGCCUGGACUUUACCAAGGUGGACUGGUGCCAGGACAAGGGUUUGGUGGACGUGGCGUUCUGCCCGGGGUGCCAACCGGCACUGACCUGAAUCAUAAAUCCAUUGGAGGUGGAGGACAAGGUGGAGGUCAAGGACCAGGAAGCCGUGGUUACGGUGGACAGAUGCAGCCAGGGGUUUUCCAUGGAUACCCCCUAAAAUCACCCAAAACACAAGGUGGCUAUGGAGCAAAACAAGGAGGCGGAACUCUUCCCUUUGGUUAUGGGGGCUUUGGUGCCGGUGGAGCUGGACUGCCAGGAGGACUAGGAGUUUCACAGCCUGGAUAUCCAGUUGGAACUGGAGUGGGACCAGGGGGGAUAUCACCUGCUCAGGCUAAAGCUGCCAAAUAUGGUUUGGGUGGUGUUGGAGGCGUUGGCGGCAUUGGAGGUGUUGGAGGUGUCGGAGGUGUUGGCGGUGUCGGAGGGGUUGGAGGUGGUGGACUGUAUCCAGGUCAAGUGCCAGGAGGAUAUGGAGCUGCAUCCAAAGCUGCUAAAUAUGGUGUACCUGGUGGCGUUCCUGGUGGAUUUCCUGGUGGCGUUCCUGGUGGAUUUCCUGGUGGCGUUCCUGGUGGAUUUCCUGGUGGCGUUCCUGGUGGAUUUCCUGGUGGCGUUCCUGGUGGAUUUCCAGGUGGAGUGCCUGGUGGCGUUCCUGGUGGAUUUCCAGGUGGAGUUCCUGGUGGCGUUCCUGGUGGGGUACCAGGAGGGAUACCACUUUGGGUACCAGGUGGAGGACAAGGAGUUGCACCCAUUGGAAGAUUUCCAGUUGGAUAUUCACCAGCAGCCAAAGCUGCCAAAUAUGGAGCCGGAGGACAACUCGGAGCCGGAGGACAACUCGGAGCCGGAGGACAACUCGGAGCAGGGGGACUAGGAACAGGGGGACAACUUGGAGCCGGAGGACAACUCGGAGCAGGGGGACUAGGAACAGGGGGACAAUUUGGAGCAGGAGGACAACUAGGGACAGGGGGAUACUCUGCUGCUGCCAAAGCUGCUAAAUAUGGGAUAGGACAACUUGGAGCCGGAGGACAACUCGGAGCCGGAGGACAACUAGGAGCAGGGGGACAACUAGGAGCAGGGGGACAACUAGGAGCAGGGGGACUAGGAACAGGAGGACAACUAGGAACUGGGGGAUACUCUCCUGCUGCCAAAGCUGCUAAAUAUGGGAUAGGACAACUCGGAGCCGGAGGACAACUAGGAGCAGGGGGACUAGGAGCAGGGGGACAACUAGGAGCAGGGGGACUAGGAACAGGAGGACAACUCGGAGCUGGAGGAUACUCUCCUGCUGCCAAAGCUGCUAAAUAUGGGAUUGGCAGACAACUAGGAGCAGGAGGACAACUAGGAGCAGGAGGACAACUAGGAGCAGGAGGACAAUUAGGAGCAGGAGGACAACUAGGAGCAGGAGGACAAUUAGGAGCAGGAGGACAACUAGGAGCAGGAGGACAAUUAGGAACAGGGGGAUAUACCCUUACUAGCAAAUUAGCUAAAUAUGGAAUAGGGGGACUUGGAGGAGGACUGGGAGGAGCAGGAGGAACAGGAGGACAACUUGCCGCUGCUGCUGCUGCGGCUAAAGCUGCUAAAUAUGGACAAGGAGCUGUAGGAGGAACAGGUUUUGGAGGAACAGGCCUUGGAGGAACAGGUUUUGGAGGAACAGGCCUUGGAGGAACAGGACUUGGAGGAACAGGACUGGGAGGAACAGGACUUGGAGGAACAGGACUGGGGGGCGGAUACUCUGCUGCUGCUAAAGCUGCUAAAUACGGUCCAGGUGGGGGUGCUGGUGGAGUUGGAGUCCCACUUUUACCAGGAUAUGGAUCUUUGGCAGGUGGUGCUAAACCUCCCAAGUAUGGAGUUCAAGGAGGAGCAGGACAACUUGUACCCGGGUUGGGCGGCUAUGGUGGUUACGGAGCUGGUGCCGGAGUCAAACCCCCCAAGUAUGGUAUUUCGGGGGGAGCUGGUCCAGGGUUGGGAGCUGGUGGAGUAGGACUAGGAGCUGGAGGAACUGGGUUAGGAGGAACUGGGUUAGGAGGAACAAUAGGAGCAGAUGGACAAUACUCUGCUGCUGCAAAAGCUGCUAAAUAUGGAGGCAUCACUGGAGUAGGACUCGCCGUUCCAGGACCAACUCCAGAUACAACUAUCAGAGUUGUUCCAGAUGGUUCUGCUGUUUUGGUACCAGGCAGUACAGGUGUUCCUCUAAAACCAGCAAAGGAGUUUAUCCCGGCUGGAACUGCUGCACCAGAGCUCACGCCUAUUUCUGCUACUGGCAAGGCCCCAGAGGUCCCGCAGCCCAGUAAGACUUGCUGUUUGCAUGAAAUCCUUUCCAUAAAGUGAAGCUUGUGGCUUUUAACAUGUAUUUGAUUGUAGUCGAAUUGUAUUGCAUGAUGUAGAAUGUGACCAUAUCUUAAUAUAGCUUAAACACAUUGAUUUAUAUAGGUAAAGCCCAGAUUAGAUUCCUGAUAGCUUUCAUCUGAUCCAAGCUGCAUGUUUCUUUUCUGUGGCAUAGAAAUG